UUUUACAACUCAUCUUAUCCUUUGGAUGAUUCUCUUUGACCAGAUUGAGAACAUGUUCAAUUGUUCUUCCACUUCCGCAGUGGUAGUUACAUCUGUAUAUAAACAGUGCGGAACUAGCCUUAUAGGAGGGUGGUCAAUUGGCCACAUGAAUUUUUGUUUUAGAAAAAAAAUAAAUUUGAAGAAAAUCUGAUGAAAUUAGUUAUUGACCCUUUAGAAUUUGCAUAUUAUGAAAUUGACCCUAGUCAAAGAAAAAUGAUGCCUAUAAAUAAAUCAUUUUAGUGGAUUAAACUCCAAAAAAAAUAGAGAGAAACAGAGCCUUUUUCUUUUCUAUUUUCAUAUUUCUUAUGCCACCGUUCUGUUUUGGCGAGAAAAAUGUUACCGGCGAAGCCGACCUUGUUCUUGAUUUAUGUGUGAGAGUCGUCCUUUAUCCAAAGUGAGCUUUUUUUCUCAAACUAUUCCCAUUUAAAAUAUAAAACAGAGUGUCCAUACUCUGAUACAUGUGAUGUGCAUACGUAUAUGGGUGGUCCCAUUCAUCGUCGUCGUCUGUGCUAGGGAGCACAAAUAAUUGAGAAGAGAGUCGCAGCACAAGUUGAGGCGGUGUUCGAGGUCAAAUUUUAGAAAGAAAAGCCUCUGAAGAGUGUAAGUAGACAAGAUCUCAUCAUGGUUUCAUGAAUCGUUAAAGUCAGCAACUGGACUCACACUCCUGUCUGAGUUGCUAUAAACUUAUUUUGUAGUCUGUGAGACCAUUUAUAAGAAGAAGCAUCCCCAACAGUCACUAUCUAUUAACAUUCUUCACUCUUGAAGUUGCUUUCGCUGGUGAGACUUUAUUGCUCUUUUCCUAAAGGCAAAAAAACAUGUCAGGCUCUAGGCCAAGUCAGUCCUCAGAGGGCUCGAGGCAAUCAAGACACAGCGCUAGGAUCAUUGCACAGACAACCGUCGAUGCAAAACUCAAUGCUGAUUUCGAGGAGUCAGGCAGUUCCUUUGAUUACUCAACCUCAGUGCGCGUAACUGGCCCAGCUGUGGAGAACAACAACCAGCCACCGAGAUCCGACAAGGUGACCACCACUUAUCUUCAUCACAUACAGAAGGGAAAGCUGAUUCAGCCUUUCGGUUGUUUGCUCGCCUUGGAUGAAAAAACCUUCAAAGUCAUCGCGUACAGCGAGAACGCCCCCGAGCUCUUGACUAUGGCUAGUCACGCAGUUCCUAGCGUCGGAGAGAACCCUGUUCUAGGCGUUGGCACGGAUAUAAGGAGCCUCUUCACCGCUCCUAGCGCCUCUGCCUUGCAGAAGGCUCUUGGAUUCGGAGACGUCUCUCUGUUAAACCCUAUUCUUGUCCACUGCAGGACUUCCGCAAAGCCGUUUUACGCGAUCGUGCACAAGGUCACAGGGAGCGUUAUCGUAGACUUCGAACCGGUGAAGCCUUACGAAGUUCCCAUGACAGCUGCCGGCGCUUUGCAAUCGUACAAGCUCGCCGCGAAAGCGCUCACGAGGCUGCAGUCUUUGUCUAGCGGCAGCAUGGAGAGGCUCUGCGAUACGAUGGUUCAGGAGGUUUUCGAACUCACGGGCUACGACAGGGUGAUGGCUUAUAAGUUUCACGACGAUGACCACGGAGAAGUUGUCUCCGAGGUCACGAAACCUGGUCUGGAGCCUUACCUCGGUCUGCAUUAUCCAGCCACCGACAUCCCUCAGGCAGCUCGGUUCUUGUUCAUGAAGAACAAGGUGAGGAUGAUCGUUGACUGCAACGCGAAACAUGUGAAGGUAGUUCAAGAUGACAAGCUCUCCUUUGACCUCACCUUGUGCGGCUCCACGCUUAGAGCACCACACACCUGCCAUUUGCAGUACAUGGCCAACAUGGACUCGAUCGCGUCUCUUGUUAUGGCUGUGGUAGUCAACGAGGAAGAUGGAGAGCGCGAUGAUGCAAAGAGAAAGAGACUAUGGGGUUUGGUGGUUUGUCACAACACGACUCCUAGGUUCGUCCCGUUUCCUCUCAGGUAUGCAUGCGAGUUUCUAGCUCAGGUGUUUGCGAUACACGUCAACAAAGAGGUGGAGCUGGAGAAUCAGAUCGUGGAGAAGAACAUUCUGCGCACGCAGACGCUCUUGUGCGAUAUGCUGAUGCGUGACGCUCCUCUAGGUAUUAUUGUCUCGCAGAGCCCCAACGUAAUGGACCUUGUGAAAUGCGACGGAGCAGCUCUUUUGUUUAAAGACAAGGUGUGGAAGCUUGGAACAACUCCAAGCGAGUUCCAUCUGCAGGAGAUAGCUUCUUGGUUGUUUGAACACCACGCCGAUUCGACCGGUCUGAGCACUGAUAGCUUGCACGACGCUGGGUUCCCAAGGGCUUCAGCUCUUGGGGAUUCGGUGUGCGGAAUGGCGGCUGUGAGGAUAUCGUCUAGAGACGUGAUUUUCUGGUUCCGUUCUCAUACAGCUGGUGAAGUGAGAUGGGGAGGUGCAAAGCAUGAUCCGGAUGAUAGAGAUGAUGCGAGGAGAAUGCACCCGAGGUCAUCGUUCAAGGCGUUUCUUGAAGUGGUCAAGACUAGGAGCUUACCUUGGAAAGACUAUGAGAUGGAUGCUAUACAUUCCUUGCAGCUUAUUCUGAGGAAUGCUUUUUUCAAGGAUGGAGGAGAAGCUACUGAUGUUAAUACAAAUGUCAUUCACUCGAAGCUUAAUGAUCUGAAGAUUGAUGGUAUGCAAGAACUAGAAGCUGUGACCAGUGAGAUGGUUAGGUUGAUUGAGACUGCUACCGUGCCAAUACUGGCGGUUGAUUCUGGUGGAUUGGUUAAUGGUUGGAACACCAAGAUUGCUGAGCUGACUGGUCUUACGAUUGAUGAAGCGAUUGGGAAGCAUCUACUCACACUUGUUGAAGAUUGUUCAGUGGAGAUCGUUAAGAGGAUGUUAGAGAAUGCAUUAGAAGGAACCGAGGAGCAGAAUGUUCAGUUUGAGAUCAAGACACAUAUGUCAAGAACCGAUGCUGGGCCAAUAAGUUUAGUUGUAAAUGCAUGUGCAAGCAAAGAUCUCCACGAAAACGUGGUUGGUGUAUGUUUCGUAGCCCAUGAUCUCACUGGACAGAAGACUGUGAUGGACAAGUUCACACGGAUCGAAGGUGACUACAAGGCCAUCAUCCAAAACCCAAACCCGCUCAUCCCGCCCAUCUUUGGAACCGAUGAGUCCGGGUGGUGCACAGAGUGGAAUCCAGCAAUGUCAAAGCUAACCGGUUUGAAGCGCGAGGAAGUGGUGGAUAAGGUGCUGUUAGGAGAAGUCUUUGGGACGCAGAAGAAGUCAUGUUGUCGUCUCAAGAAUCAAGAAGCGUUUGUAAACCUUGGGAUAGUGCUGAACAAUGCCGUGACCAGUCAGGAGGCAGAGAAAGUGCCUUUUGGUUUUUUCACAGGAGGUGGGAAGUAUGUGGAGUGUUUGUUGUGUGUUAGUAAGAAACUUGACAGGGAAGGUGUGGUGACUGGUGUCUUCUGUUUCCUGCAACUUGCUAGCCAUGAGCUGCAGCGAGCUCUCCAUGUGCAGCGUCUAGCUGAGCGUACUGCGCUGAAGAGACUAAAGGCUUUAGCUUACAUUAAAAGAGAGAUUCGGAAUCCUUUAUCCGGGAUCAUGUUUACAAGGAAGAUGAUGGAAGUCACUGAGUUAGGACCAGAGCAGAGACGGUUCUUGCAAACUAGCGCUUUGUGUCAGAAGCAACUCAGCAAGAUUCUUGAUGAUUCUGAUCUUGAAAGCAUCAUUGAAGGGUGCUUGGAUCUUGAGAUGAAAGAGUUCAGCUUAUACGAAGUGUUGACUGCUUCCACAAGUCAAGUAAUGAUGAAGAGUAACGGAAAGAGCGUUCGUGUAAGUAAUGAAACCAGGGAAGAAGUAAUGUCUGAUACUCUGUAUGGAGACAGUGUUAGGCUUCAGCAAGUCCUUGCAGAUAUCAUGCUGAUAUCUGUUAACUUUACACCAUCUGGAGGUCAGUUAACUGUCACAGCUUCGCUGAGGAAAGAUCAGCUUGGAAGAUCUGUGCAUCUUGCUUAUUUAGAGAUCAGGAUAACACAUACCGGAGCUGGGUUACCAGAGUUUUUGCUAAACCAAAUGUUUGGGAGUGAGGAAGAUGUGUCGGAGGAAGGGUUAAGCUUGAUGGUUAGCAGGAAACUGGUGAAGCUGAUGAAUGGAGAUGUUCAGUACUUGAGACAAGCUGGGAAGGCUAGUUUCAUUAUCACUGCAGAACUCGCUGCAGCAAGCAACUAGUCCUCUCUGUUCUGUAACUUUCCUUUUUUUUUUUGCUUUUGUUUUCAUUUUCAACUUUCAAUAACGAUGAAAUAAAUGUCCAUCCAUUUACAUAUCCUCUGUUAUCUCUGUUCUGAAGCUGUGAAUAUGGAUGCAUAUCUAAUCUUAUGUCAAGUGUUUUGGUUUCAUGA